CGCGCCGGGGCAUGCGCGCUGAGGGGUUUGCGGAGCGGCGACGCCGGAGUUUCAGUGUGGCUGCUUCCCCUCCUCUCUCUGUCGGUCCGGUCCCUCGGCCCUACCUCAGAGCUGAGCCCAGCCUGGACCGGACCGGCCUUUGCUGCCGGCCAGCCGAUUGAAGCCCAAAGCAACCUCGAGCCCUGGCGUGAAGGAAGUGAUGAGCAAUGAGCUUCAGAGAGGCCCCAAAGCCAACGUAGCGUGAAGACCUUCUGGAAAAUCCAGCCCCCGAGAAGAUGGCCACGUACCCCAGCCCUGUCGUGGUGGCUGUGUGGGAAUGGCAGGAUGAGCUUGGGACCUGGCACCCCUACAGCGCAACUGUGUGUAACUAUAUAGAGCAGCAGUUCAUGAUUCAGAAGGGUCAGCGCUUUGGACUGGGAAGCUUGGCCAGCAGCAUCCCCCUGGGCCAAGCCGACCCCAUGCUGGCGCCCUACAUUAUCGACCUUCCCAGCUGGACCCAGUUUCGUCAGGACACAGGGACCAUGCGGUCAGUGCGGCGCCAUCUCUAUCCGCAGCAGUCGGCCCCGGGCAGGGGCGUGCUCUGGGAGUGGCUGAACGAUGACGGCUCCUGGACGCCCUAUGAGAUGAGCAUCUGCGAGUUCCUGGAGCAGCAGCUCUCCCAGGGGAUCCAGCUCGUGGACCUCUCUCCUCUGGGCUACAACUACGAAGUGGACUGCAGCACCCACACGCAGGUCAACAAGACGUCCGGCUACCGCCGGCGCGUGCAGCGGCGCCAGGGCCCCGCCUACCCUGUGACGGCCGUCAUCGCCCUGUCCGGCCACUCGGGGCUGGCCUGCUCGUGCCACCAGUGCCUCGCCAACAGUGGCACCGGCCCCGUCAACAACCGCUACCGGCACUCGAUGACCAACCUGCCUGCGUAUGUGGCGCCGCAGCCCGCCCACCGGACCGCCCCCAUGGGCAUGUACACGGGCUACGCGCCCUACAGCAAGCCUUCCCUGUCGGGGGCCCGCUCCGCGCCGAGGCUCAAUGCGGCCAACCCCUGGGGCGUGGUGGCCCCCGUCAUGGGAGUGGUCCCUGUCUACCCGUCCAGCCUUCCGCACCUUGUACCUCAGCGCCCGCCCCCAGGACCCAGUGCAGCUAAAACCAGUUCCUUCCCAGGCCUCCCUGUGACCGUCCCCGCCAGCGUCCCCAACAACCCCUCCGUGAGUGCCCCUGCCAGCGUCCCCAGCGUGCCCGUGCAGAUGCCGAAGCCGAGCAAAGUCCAGCAGGCCCUCGCAGGCAUGACGAGUGUUCUGAUGUCAGCCAUCGGACUCCCCGUGUGUCUUACUCGCGCACCACAGCCUGCCAGCCCUCCUGCCUCCUGUAUGCCCACUAAAAAUCACAGCUCAGUCAAGAGACUGAGGAAAGGGUCCGUGAAAGAUACGACGUCUCAGGAGCCUGAGCAGGUGCUUAGGAACUACUCGGAGGAGCUGAAGACGCCCCCUGAUGAGGACUGCAUCAUCUGUAUGGAGAAGCUGUCCACCCCUUCCGGCUACGGCGACGUGAUUGAGAGCAAGAAGAUCGGGCCCGACGCCGUGGGGCGGCUCACCCGGUGCAGCCACGCCUUUCACCUGCUCUGCAUGCUGGCCAUGUACCAGACCGGCAACAAGGACGGAAGCCUUCAGUGCCCUUCCUGUAAAACGAUCUAUGGGGAGAAAACUGGAACUCAGCCCAAAGGGAAGAUGGAGUUUGCCGUGUUCAAGGCCUCCCUCCCCGGCCACGAAGACUGUGGGACGAUAGAGAUCAUUUACAACAUCCCUCGAGGAAUUCAGGGCCCCGAGCAUCCGAACCCAGGGAAGCCGUUCACAGCCAGGGGCUUUCCCCGCCACUGCUACCUGCCUGACAACGCCCAGGGCCGAAAGGUUUUGGAGCUCCUGAAGGUGGCCUGGAAGAGGCGCCUGAUCUUCACGGUGGGAACCUCCAGCACCACGGGCGAGACGGACACGGUGGUGUGGAACGAGAUCCAUCACAAAACCGAGAUGGGCCACAACGUGACCGGCCACGGCUACCCCGACCCCAACUACCUGGACAACGUGCUGGCCGAGCUGGCUGCCCAGGGUGUGACCGAGGACUGUCUCAACCAGUAGCGCCCGGGAGCCCCCAGGACGGAGCCGCCAGCCGGGGCCUUGCGGUCUCUUGGGGCUCUGCCCCCGGGGACCCACUCAAGCUCUCUAGCUCACACCGCCUUAUGUCCCCGUCUCGUCCCUCGCCCCGUCUGGAGCAAUAACGCGCUUGGGGGCCGGUCUGUGACCAAGAGCCCGGAGCGCGUUUUUACCUAAGGUCUCGAUCCUUCCCCACGACGCCGAUGCCGUACACCGGGGGUGUCUCGCUACACUGGAUGCCUGGAAGUUUUUCUCGUUUGCACAUCGUGACUUAUGUGACUCGAUCUGUCCGCAGAGGAGGCCGCGAGCCCGGGUAGUCGUCUGGCGGGUCCGAAAGAUGCAGCUACCUCGAUUAACGCAGACCCGUUCGGUCUUCUGGCUGGGGUUGGCUCCACUCGGCUGGGGCCCGCAGGUCCGAGCGGCCCAGCCGUCCUGGGGGCUCUGGGUCGGCUCUUCCUUCAUACCUCACUGCUGGUUUUAGGAAUUUCUAUACUUUUUUCUUGCAAUAAACUCCGAAUACCUGUAA